AUGUUCCUUUUACCAUUUAGCUUUUAGGGCAUGUCUCCGUUUGUAGGUUCAACAAUACGCCGCAUAACGCGAGUUAAAUGAUUCAGGAAGAAAGGACGAAACGUUCCUAUAGAAAUUGUCGCAGCUAAUCGAUAUAAUAGAAGACACUUAAUUAUAUAACACAGUAGCUUAAUGAUACUCCGAUGAAAAUAGCAUUUAUUUAUAGAAUUGCUGGGAAGGUGACAGGGGACAUUACUAAGUAUAAAAGGCAUAAAUGUAAUUCGACGCGGCAGUAUGCGUCGUGGCACGUCAUAGUAGCAUUACGGAGCUGGCGUAGUGAGAGUUAUUUCUGCAUUAUGGCGACAGCUAAUGGUUUACUGUGCAACAUAUCCGGGUCCGUGUCCGAGAAUGGGAGCUUGGUCGGCUGCAUGGAGUCGGACGUUGAGCAAGAAACGGUUGCAUCGAUUCAAACGUGGAUCGCUUACCUGCUGAUUCCUGUCAACUUGCUCAACAUACUUGCUAAUCUUCUCGUCAUCUUGGCUGUGACACGGACAUCACACCUGCAGGAGCCGGCACACAAGCUGAUCGCAAACUUGGCUGUCGCUGAUUUCAUCAUGGGCGUCCGAGGAGUCUUCAUCGUACCAAUAACCUUUCUAAUCGAAUUCCCGCCAAAGAUCAUAUGUCUUGGACACUUCAGUGUGGUUUUGAUCUCGUCCCUUGCAUCAACAAACUCGCUCAUUGCCAUCAACGUAGACAGGUACAUUGCAAUAUCGCGACCGCUACACUACUACCAGAUCGUCACACCGCGCGUUAUCUUGUUAAUGGUAGUCCUGGUUUGGGUCAUUGCCGUCUUCGUAAGCGUGUUAAGUCUCAUUGGCAACCGCUGGCAGCCGGAUCAACCAUGCAUCUAUGACAUCGUUUCGAGUAAAAGAGCUGUCAUCUCUGGCUCGGUUUUCACUGUUAUAUGUGUCGUCGCCAUCGCCUCCAUCUACGCUUACAUAAUAAUGAUUGCCAAGCACCACCAGCAGCAGAUCCACCCGAAACCGAGCAACAGCGGUUUGCAGGAGGCAGGAGCGCCAAAAAAUCCUUCUCUGCUGAGCUCGCCAAGCAUCCGAAGCUGGCCAAGACGUUUGGCAUCGUCGUCGGCGCCUUCGUCGUCCUGCUGGACUCCGUACCUCUUCCUGAUCUUGCUGAGCGUCGCCGACGUCUACCACGACACACUCGGCGUGGCGACAGGCUUCGGCUAUCUGAUGGCAGACUCCAACUCUUUCAUAAACUUUUACAUAUAUGCCUCAAAAAUCAGGCAGUUCCGCGCCGCUUUCCGGGCAGUGUUGCCAACGCGUUGGACACUAAAGAACGUGUGA